CUUCUUGCAUGCGUCUUUGACAGAAAGCCAGCACUGCAUUAAACUUUCAAAUCCAUAACAAAACAUUAUAAAUAAGAGUUUAUUUCCCUGUUCUGGUGUAAAAAAGCCAGUUUUUUUAGCUUCCCUAAUUACACCAUGGCAUUGCCAUCUCACAGCGCACCCCACCCGAACCCAAUCGAAAUAAUCGCCAUAAAGGACAUCUACCCCGGCCUGAAGAACAUCAACGUAAUCUUCAUCGUACUGGACGUCGGUCCGGUAACGCUGACGAAGGAAAACCGGGAGGUGCGUACCUUCAAAGUCGCCGACCAGAGUGCCGCCAUCAACGUGUCCGUGUGGGAUGAACCGGGCAAGCUGCUGAUGCCGGGCGAUAUCGUGCGACUGACCAAAGGCUACGCGGCCAUUUGGCGCCAAUGUUUGACCUUAUACUCGGGCAAGAAUGGGGAAAUCCACCGGUUGGGUGAUUUCUGCUUCACCUUCAAUGAAAUGAUCAACAUGAGCGACCCGAAUCCGAAUCUGGGCGCGGGGAAUGCCCCUAUUCACGGGAAUGGUGCAGCAACGGGCAAUCCUGCCGGAGGUAAAGUGGGAGGACGACAGCCGGCACCUAGCGAGACUGGAGCUCCGCAAGUGACGGGCGGAGGCGCGGGAGGCGUAAAAGCUGGCCAAACGGCGGCCGGUCGGUUUGGAUCCGGUGCAGCUGAGCAGAGUAAAUCAUCGCCUAAGAAUGCCCCAAGGACGGGCCGUAGUGGACAAGCAAAAGCGGGUGGAGCGAAGAACGAAAGGAGAUAAUAAACUAUGCUAACGAUGACAGUUGUUUGUAUAAGCUUGAUAUAAAUCUUUCAUAUAGUGCAUUCAUUCCUAA